GGAGCACGUGACCAACGCCGGGCCCGCCUUCCUCUCGUGCUCAAGCUUCGGUUAGCUUGUCCUAAAAAAUAAAUGUAAAACAAAUAAUUUCAAAUUUCUUUUCACAGCUGUCCAGUCGUAUUUCUUCCUUUAAGUGGGCUGUUUGGCAAAUUAAAGCUAGCCCACAAGGAAGUAAUUUCCGGCAGCCGUUUAAAUGUGUUGUUAUGGCAACGAAUGUCCUGUAUGUUGAAGCAAACAUACAAUACAGCUGACGUCAUUGAAUCACCAACCACAAGUCAGCCGUUUUAAGGCACCUGUAAACUAUACAGGUAUCGUCGCAGCCAUGGCCCAUUACCGAGCCUCAGAAUCGAAGCGAGAACAAUUUAGAAGAUAUCUCGAAAAAUCGGGAGUCCUUGACACUAUAACCAGCGUUUUAGUGGCACUUUAUGAAGAGAAUGACAAACCCGACAACGCACUGGAUUUCAUAAAGCUUCAGCUCGAUGCGACUGGUCCAGAGUCAGCGGACGCUGAGGCUCUUCGCAUGGAGCUGGCUGACCUGCAACAGAAAUGCAACCUUCUCAUGGGGGAGAACAAAGAGCUGAGAAACAGGCUGAUGCAGUACGAACCAUCGCCUGAGGAGGGGCCAGCAGAGUAGAAAGGAGGGGUUUUGUCAUUGCUUUCUGGGGUAAAAAUAUAAAGAAAUAUUAUUAAAUUUUAAGGGAUGUACAGUGAAUACAAAAUCACAAUUCUUUUGUUGCGUAUCAACAAGGAACUUUUGCUUUGUCAUAAAUAAAAAUAAAUAUUCAGCAUUUGGCAACAGUC